UAAUUGUUGCCUGUCUUCAGACCUCCACUAUGGACACUCUAUUAUUAAUACAAAACCAAUUGAUUGCUACCUUAUUGAAGUAACUAGACCAUCAAUUGUAUUAAAAUUUAGGGAUUCUUAGAUAAAUUUAAAUUGGGUGAUUUUUCAUGUUCUGAAGACUUGUUGCUAUUGUUUAUUCCAACUUAGAAUCAUGGAAGAAGACCCCCCAACCAUCAACAAGUGGGAUGGCAAUGCUGUCAAGAAUGCAUUAGAUGAUGCAACCAAAAGUGUGAUGAUGAAUCACAUCUGCAGCAAAGAAUGCUUCAGACUCAUUGAUGGGCGGCUCAUCAUUUCCUCGUUGGCUGUGGGAUUUUCUCUCUUUGCCCUUGCAUAUGACUACUUAUUCCCAUUCCCACUCUCAAGGUCAGUGCUGAUGCUGUGUGUGGUCUGCUACUUUGUGAUGUCUGCCAUCCUGACGUGGCACACAUCAGUCGUUGAGAAGGGCACAUUUGCAACUGUCCUCAAGGAGGACCCCAGCCAUAUUGACCCCAGCGACGUGUGGAGUGCUUCUUCUAACAUCAAAAGGUUUGACACAGUUUACCACCUGACACUAACGUACAAGUGUGGCAAGACAAAGCAGGUAAAAGAAUCUUCCGCUGCUCUCCCAAUCGAGAAGUAUUUUGACGUCAACGGAAAGCUUCUGUACGAUAGAGUGUCGCGCGAGGUGCUCAAGUUGCGCGACAGCAUCAUCAACAAGAUGAACUGAGUCUGCAGUGGAUGCAUCUCGACCGCAUUCCAUCGUGUGCGUGUUUUUUCUGGCUACAUUUCUGGCACGUGUGUCUUCAAGGUCUUCGUAAAAAAUUUUGGGUCAAAUUACACAUCAAAUCUAUA